AUGGGCGGAACCAAGAGCUCAAUGCCAGCUGGUCAAAUGUCCAGCAAUCGAGUGGUAAAGACAAAUCACAAGACGGUUGCAGCCAGAUUCAAUAUCGGGGUGCUGCGCAGUAUGGAAAAAGAGCUGUUGAAGGAUCCCGAGGCCAACAUCGGCGACCUUCUAUCCUCUUCAUAUCCUAAGUACCUCAAGUCGUUCAGGGAAGGAGAUUGCCGGAAAACCCCGCGACGGCUUCCCAGCCAUGACAUCCGCUCCAGGCUUCACAGUACCGAUUCUGCAACUAUUGUAUGCGAGUUGUCUACUGAGCUCCAGAAUCUUCUCGGACGCUAUAGACAACUCUCCGGCGCUGUUAUCAAGCUAUUGGAUAAAAGCGAAGUACUCUACAAAAGCCCGUGGGCCGCUUGUUGCAUGGUUUUCCGUGUCAGCGACGGAAUCGUCGCGAAAGUCACCCUCGAGGAGCUCAUCACAACUGAAUAUCGGACCCUGCCGUACCUACAGGAACACUUGCCGCGCUUCCCGGCGCCACGUUUACAUGGCGUGAUCCGCAUCGGGCCGUAUGGCUUGCUGUUCACCUCUUUCGUCUCGGGCCUCAACUUGCAGAAAGUGUGGCCUGAAUUGGAUGACGCCCAGAAACAGUCCAUCAGCACCCAGCUUGACAAGCUCCUCAUCGACCUCCGAUCCCUUCCAUUUCCGCCAAACACGCCGCUUGGUGGGAUAGGCGGCCAGGGCUGCAAAGAUGGAAGACGAGUUGUACGCAUCAGCCACAAGCCCGUCCUGGAUGUCAGCCAAUUCCAAGAUUUCAUCUUCGCUGGCUCCACAACCGCCUCGCAAAUGUACACUCAAUUCCUGCGAUUUCUGAUGCCCACAUCCCCGGCAAAAGUCACCUUCACCCACGGAGACAUCCGCCCGGCAAACAUCAUGGUGCGCCAGGACGAGGAAGGCUCUUGGACCAUUGUUUCCAUCCUUGACUGGGAGUCGAGUGGCUUCUAUCCCGAGUACUGGGAAUGCGUCAAAAUGACCAACAACUUAACCCCGAGAGAUGAGGACGACUGGUAUCUGUGGCUGCCGGAGUCUUCGUCGCCACGGCAGUUCCCAGUGCAGUGGCUGAUAGACAGGAUUUGGGAUCCCAACCUGGAGAACAGCUAG